UUGGCAUGAACCACUGGCAAUCCUUUGUUAAGGCCACCUAACGUAUAUUCUCUCCAAGUCUCUCUACUAUAAAGAAAGCCAAAAAAAACAACUCCCUUCUUUUCCUUUUCACUUUCUUGUUCUUUAAUAUUCCAAGAGUUCCUUUCAUCAUAAAUUUUCCUAAAAGUUCAAGCUUUCCUCUUUGCAACUUCACUUCUGUUACAUCCACAGGUAAAGAAAGUAGCUGAUCUAGAAAUUGAGCUUUUUUUUCUUUUGAUGUACACGUAACGGCCAGGAAAAUUACAAGAAAAAAACCGUACUGCAUUUUCCUAGCUCAUAAUCCUGGGAUGGGUUCUCUCUUCUCCCUCACUUUGAUAAUUCUUCUUUCACUGGCUUUAGUGAGAACUGAAGCCCAAGGGAUCAAAUCAGCUCGACUUCUUGACCUUCUCAUUAGAGACUACACACUUAAGUCAAGUGGCGUACACUUCAAGACAGGUAUGGUGCACACUGUAGAUUUACCAGCAAACUUCUCCGGCAUCAAAGUCGAUACAGUGAGGUUUCGAUGCGGCAGUCUACGAAGAUAUGGUGCUCAAGUCAAGGAAUUUCAUCUGGGUAUUGGUGUAACUGUGCAGCCAUGUGUUGAGAGACUCUUGGUAAUUAGACAAAACUUGGAUCUUAACUGGUCCUCUAUAUAUUAUGCUAACUAUGAUUUAUCAGGGUAUCAAAUUGUGUCACCCAUUUUAGGCCUUUUAGCUUACAAUUUCGGCAGUGAUGUGAAUGUUAGCAACUCUUUUGAGAUCGGAAUUCAUGCCGGAGGAAAACCAAUUACUAUAGACUUCAUCAAUGUAUCAACUACUGCCAACGUAUCAGGAAUUAGGCCAUUGUGUGCCAGUUUUGAAAAUGAUGGUAAGGUGACAUUAAGAAACCCUACAUCGCCAUUUGUUUGUGUGGCUACAAGGCAUGGGCAUUAUGGUUUGGUGAUCAAGUCACCACCAGCACCACCACCAUCAAUGCAGAUGAUGAAAAAGAAGAUCAGCCUGUGGAAAGUAGUGGUUGGGAGCUCAGUUGGGACUGCAAUUGGUGUGAUUUUAUUGGGGUUGCUUUUGGUAGCCAUGUUUGUUAAGGUAAAGAAGAAAGCAAGAAUGGAAGAGAUGGAGAGAAGGGCUUAUGAAGAGGAAGCUCUCCAAGUAUCAAUGGUUGGUCAUGUCAGGGCUCCUACAGCAACUGUUACUCGGACGGUGCCUAUAAUUGAGCAUGAGUAUAUACCUUAUCCUUCUUAAAUUGUUCAUUUUCUUCAUGAUCAUUAUUCUUUUUUGUAAUAUUAGAUGAAAGGACAAGGAAUUUGUAUUAAGAAGAAGGGUAGAUCAGCCAAAUUCUUUUGAGUUCUUUGUAUUGGUACAGAGACAACUCUGUCUCUUGAGUUCUGUUUCAUAUUUUUUUUUUACCUUCCCUUUA